AUGAAGCCAACAGCAGUUCCCACGGCAAGGAGUACAUCUCAAUCCGAGUCAAUCAACGACAUACAUACGAGUAACUUCCAGGAGCAGACCCUUCAUCUUCUUGAGAGGAUCGCGCAGUCUCAGACGGCCUUGGAAAAGCGACUCGCCGCGAUGGAGAUGAUGCUCUCCCAACACGACACGCAGCCGCAGGCCCCGAGCUUUCCGCAGUUCCGCCAGCUGCCUCCCGAAUUGAGACUGCGAAUCUGGUCCCUAGUCGCAAUUCCUUCGCGGGUACUUCGUGUAGGCGCGCGGAAUGGGAAGAAGAAAAACGCCGACGUACUGUCGUCGUCACCUCCGUUGGUCCCGCCAGCCAUUGCCGGAGCCUGUCGAGAGUCGCGGGCUCUGGCGACCAAGCACGGCGCGCUGGUGAGCCUCACGUACGGCGGUACUAAAACGGCUGAGGUGGCCAGGACACGUUGCUAUUGGUUCGAUAGCUACCGCGACGUGCUCGAGGUGGAUAGUUGGGUCGAGGUCGAAGGAGACAGGCCGCGAGGUGUGAGAGACCUCGUCCAAAGAGCGCGGCACAUCCUGGUGGGUCGCGCGGAGGCGGAGUGGUACGCCCGUCUGUUUGAACGAGCGGCUCUCUUGAACCGUGUCAGCCUCAAGUUUGAUUCUCUGGACGUACGGGGUAGCACACACGGCCGGGACGCCGUGAGGCGCAUGUUUGGAGGCGGGGGCGGGGGCGGCGGCGGCGGGGCCGUUGACACCACCCUCGUCGUAACGGACCUGGAGGACGCAGAUGAGAUUGCGUACGUGAAAAGCGUGCUGGGUUUCGGGUGGCGGAAUCCGGUAUUUUUGGAGUUCGACCUCGAGCUCUGGGCGCGGAAGGGGGCGGAGAGGGUUGGAAGGGCUGUGAGGGACGAGAAGUGGAUGCGAAGGUUGCCUGGGACGUGGAUGAGCGAGGUUGCGAGGGGCUGGGUCAUGGCCAAGGCUGCGUCAUCUACAACGACAAAAGAAGACAAUUUUAUGGAGGGGACCCGACAAGAGGAGGAUGAGAUGGAGGUGAUGGAUGGUGGUAAAGCCUUUGAGACGAAGACGCCCGCCGCGGUGGUAGCGGCGGCGUUGGAUGUGGAGAAUGAGUUUGUGAGAGCGGCGCUUUUGGGUAUGCCCGAGGUCAGGUUCGUCAGGGCUUUUUGUCUCGAUGGAGACGACAACGCCUGCCAUGCAUAA